CAAAUUAACUGUGCUUACGAAGACGUUUCUUACCAGAACUAUAAAAGUAAUCCUAGAAUAUCCACACACAGGAAGACCAAUAUACAGUUCCAAUCUUCAAACUAACAGCCAACAACCUCUCUCUGUUAGAUCAGCUAAUCAUCUUUUUUCAACCGAAAACAAAAUCUCUGUAACAUAUUUGCAUGUAAUAUGUAAAUAUAUGCAUACAAUAUGACAAGCACAAUCUCUACAAUCACCACCACCAACAGCAAACCCAAACCCAGAGUAGUCAUUUGCAUUGGCGACAUUCAUGGCUACUUUUCGAAGCUUCAGAAAUUAUGGUCUAAUCUUGAGGCCAUAGUAAACCCACAAGAUUUUAACUCUGCCCUUGUAAUCUUUUUGGGUGAUUACUGUGAUCGCGGUCCAGAUACAAAGAAAGUUCUUGAUUUUUUAAUAAAGUUACCAUCUUUUUAUCCAAAUCAAAAGCAUGUCUUUUUAUCUGGUAAUCAUGACCUUGCUUUUGCAGCUUUUCUUGGACUUUUACCUGAGCCUGGAAACGGUAUGUUAUUUCAAGAAGGAUGGAAGGAGUAUGAACUGAACGAGGAAAGAGAAGGGUGGUAUAAGGGAGUUGGAUACGAGAAUAUGUAUUUGCAAGGGAGGAGAUGGGCUGGGAAUAUUAAGGUUAAGUUUAAUGUUGCUAAAGGGACUGAAUAUAAGGGUUCUAUUUAUGAUGCUGGUCCUACUUUUGAGUCCUAUGGAGUCCCACAUGGAUCUGCUGAUUUAAUAAAGGUGGUUCCUGAUGAACACAAGAAGUUUCUGGUUGAUAUGGUCUGGAUUCAUGAAGAGGAAGAUGUAUGCAUUGAGAAUGAAGAAGGAAUGAAACACUGUAAAUUGAUUGCUGUGCAUGCUGGUUUAGAAAAAGGGAAAAAUGUUGAAGAACAGCUUGCAUUUUUGAAAGUCAAGGACACCAGGGUGCCCAAGAUAGAGGCUCUUAGUGGGAGGAAGAAUGUGUGGGACAUUCCAAAGGAAUUAGUUGAGAAGCCAACCAUUGUGGUUAGUGGUCAUCAUGGAAAACUUCAUAUUGAAGGUCUUAGAUUGAUUAUUGAUGAAGGUGGCGGACAAGAGAAUAAUCCAGUGGCAGCAAUUUUGCUUCCCUCAAUGAAGCUUGUUCGUGAUACUGACAACUUCAACAAGUAACUUAAGAUUUUUUGAUAAAAUAUACAACAACGGUGUCUUGAUGCUUUCCAAAUGUAGGCAGGCAUUUCAUUCUAUUCAUGGAAAUUAAUCCUUGAUGUCCCUGAUGCAUGGAUUUCCUUGGUAAGCAUCUUGGUGUACAUUAGGGACUAAUGCUAUCAUAUACUAUUUUAGUACAAGUUCAUUCAAGAAUAUAUGCAAUAACUAGGAAUGAACUUUAUUUGUUCUCUGCAACACCUGCUUAUGUGUGGUAUUUGCAGAAUAUGCUGAUUAUGGUGGUUAACUUUUUAUAAUAAAAGUCAGACGUCUAAUUUUGCAA